AAAAAAAAAUAAAAAAAUAUUAAAAUCUAAAAAAUAAAAAAAUAAUAAAAAAAAAAUAAUGAAUCAAAACACUUCUGAAUAGUAACAAUAAUAAGUCGAAACUCAAUAAAAUCUUUAAGACUAAGCCUAAGUCGAAUAAUAAAAUAAAGAAAAACCUGAAGAAUAGAUUGUAAACAAUUAAGAAUCUAAUUACAGCAAAAAAGUUAAAUACUUUAAACACUAAUAUAGAUAUUGUAAAAACUAUGAUUCCUUAAAUGAAAUAGUUGAAAUAUUCCCUCACUUAUCUUCCCUUCAAUAACCUUUAGAUAUAAAUACAAUAAAUAAUGCAAUAUGCUUAGUUAUGCGUUCUAAUAACGAUGAUGACAUCCACAAAGCAAUUAAAUAUGGAAUAUGGACAUCUGUACCCCAAAACAAUGUUAAAUUAAACGAAAUUUAUAAAACAUCUUAAAAUAAUAGUUAAGAUGUUUUCUUAUUCUUUUCAGUAGUAAAAAGUGGAUAGUUCGUUGGUGUUGCAAAACUAAAAUCAGGUUUUAUAGAUGAAACAUUUUCUUAUUGGUGGCAGCCAUUAAAAUUCAAAGGACAUUUUAAACUUGAAUGGGUAUUCGUGAAAGAUGUGAAACAAAAAAAUUUUGAAGACUUAAAGAAUAUGUGUGAAUUACCAGUUUCUAGAAGUAAAGAUUGUACAGAAGUGGAUUUCUAAUAAACUGGAAAAAGAAUGUUAUAAAUAUUUUAAGAAAGUGAUUAAAAACAAAGCAUAUUUUAAGAAUUCACCUUUAUGGAUGAAAGAGAAAAAAUGUUGCGCUAAAUGAGAUAAUAUAAUAGUUUUAACAAUAAUAAUUUUUAUAAUUAACGAGGAUAAGAUCAAGUUAUUAAUUAAUUUAUAAUGUAACCUUAGUUUAAUUUAAUUAAUACUGAAUAUUUCUAAUAAUUCUAAAAGGAAUGCUUGUAAAAUAUAUACCCUCCUACUAAUGUAUUCCCUUAAUAAAAUAAUAACUAUCAUAAUAAUAAUAAUAAUGGAUUUAAGAAAUUUUAUAACAAUGUUAAUGGACCUAACAAAGGAAAUUAUUAAAAAUAAAAAAAAUUUGUUAAAAAUCACAAUUAUAAUAAUGGUGAAUAAAAUUAAUAAUAAAAAUAAUGA